GCCCAAUACCCACACUAGGUUACGGUACGAAAAUGCAGAGCAUACCAGUUAUUGGAUCCAACCUAAAACUCAAACUGAAGCAGCAGCAGCCAGCAGCCAGCAGCCAGCAGCCAGCAGCCACUCAUCCAAAAGCACCAGCAAACUUUGCUUAUCAUGUUCAGGGUUGCUGAUUAAGGGUCUAGCUUUAAUUUGUCAUUCAAGUUCUAUUAACAC